UUGUUACUUGGAAAAGAACGCGCUCUAAAAAUAAGAAAUCCCGCUCUGUGAAAUAAAAAUUCGCGUACUUUCUGCGAAUUCGGAAAAAUCCGUCUUUCAGCGCUCUCGAGCGGGAGCGUAAGGCCCAACCCAACAAAUUGGGUGACCUAAGUCCGGACCCUGGAAUACAGACAUACCCAGCUGACCCAAACUGUUGCGUUCAAGAACAGAAAAAGGGAAAAUUUUCGAAGAUGGGGAAGACGGUGGCUCUCAGGUCUCUAUAUCGUGCAGCUUCUCAUAGAUCUUCGAUAGGCUUGUCAUCUGUCGCCGGCAACCAGCUCCUUCACCAUCAAUCAGCUCCUCGAUCCCUGUUCACUCUCUCUUCCGCCACCGCUUCUGCGGAUCGCUUCACCUCCGGUUCCCGGUCUCAUUUGGCUAUCAGCAUUGGUAGUAAAAGGUCUUAUAGUGAGGAUGUAGCACACUUGCCCGAGAUUAAGGACCCUGAUGUCUUAUGUGCUUUCAAGGACUUGAUGGCUGCAAGUUGGGAUGAACUUGAUGCGACAGUCGUCCAUGAUGUAAAGAAUGCUUUGUCCAAGAACACUAAUGACAAAUCCGGUCAAGAGAUAUUGAAGAAUAUUUUUCGGUCAUCUGAAGUUGUCGAAGAAUUCAGUGGGAUGGUCAUAUCUCUAAAGAUGGAGCUAGAUGACAGCAUUGGGAUGACCGGCGAGGUGACCCUGAUUGGUACUUCUGGACUUGCUGGAUCUUAUGUUGAACAAAGAGUUUAAAGUCCCGGAAUCUUUGAUCCAAUUAGGCUUAGUUUCAAAAGUUUUUCUAGCUUGGAAUCUGUGUUUGUCGAUGGUUUCUAUCAAGUUGUUGAUCUUGGAAACCUUUUAAAUUGGAGUUCGAUUGUAGUUCAAUAAACGCUUAGCUAUUUCAAGAUUUGCAUUGAUGUAAUGUUGCUCACAUAAUUUCAGUUCCAUUUAGCUGUAUUUCACUGGAAGCAAAGGUUUCUUCAAGCAAAUAAGGUCGUUAACUUUUUUUCUUGUGUUUGUGUAUUAUAUCAUCCUGGUUGUUUCCUUAGCAGAUCAUCGAAAACUAUCUCAUAGAAUAUUGAUAUUCGUACAGUGAAUUUCAUGAUGGAAUAGGAUUGAACUUUUGAUUUCCAAUCUAGAAUCUGAUACGUGGGAAUAGACAUGGCAAUAUGACAGAACAAUAAACUUCGCAUCGUCCUUCCGCAACAGUCUAUCUUAUUCUCAAACUCUUCCAAAGGUUCUCGUCUUUGUUGCAAGCUGCAAGAACUCUAAGGCAGCCUGGCUGAUCUAGUGCCUUUCCGCCAUAGCCAGGAAUCAGAGGGAGACUUAGGCAGAGGUGGGAGCAAAACAGCCUUCCUGCAGAGACCGAAUGGCCACCCUUGGCAGUGGCAGAGCUCCUGCAAUAUCGAAACCCGCCUGUGAAAACUUGGGAACUCUACCUGACUCAAGCUCGAACACCUCGACAACAAGUUUGUCUUCACUGAGAAGAACUCUUCGCCCCCCUUGCUCAACCCGCUCAAACAACACGAAAGACAGCUCCCAACAGAGAAUAAAUCUUCAUCCUUUUCAACUUCUCCAUCCUUCUGCUUCUCGGGACUAAAGAGCAGUUCCCCUGAAAAGCUAUAUGUGAUCACAAACACCUUCUACUUCGACUUCUCCAUGGCUCUGCUCCUGAUUGCUGACACGAAAA